ACGCUGCAUGCAGCGCGCCAAGCCCAAGUCUAAACACAUUUAUAUACAUAUAUAAACUACAAAGGACCUAAAUGGCUUUUUCAAUCACUUAUCUGGCCCUCUUGAUAAGUUGGAAUAUUGUCUCCGCGCAGACCUAUCACUGCCCCAAGAUCUGCCGCUGUUCCACUCAGUUUGUAAAAUGCACAAAGAAAACUGCAGCCGGUGUCCCAGCUGCGAUUUUACGCAGCUACUCCAGCCUGAGGUUUACUCAUCUACCACUGAGAAAGAUCCAAAGACAUUCUUUUGAAGGACUUAGCAAUAUUAUAAGAAUUGAUAUUUCUCAGAGUGAUUCCUUGGAGAGAAUUGAGACUCAAGCUUUUGUUGAUCUUAAGGACUUGAUGGAACUUUCAAUUCAGAAUACAAAGCACCUGGUGAAAAUUGACCAAGAAGCUUUCAGCAAUCUACCACAGCUAAGAUACUUGAGCAUUUGCAAUACUGGAGUAGGACUCUUUCCUGAUCUGACGCACAUCCACUCUAUUGCAUCCAGUUUUAUUCUGGAAAUAUGUGACAACCUGCGUCUUCUAUCAAUCCCAGAAAAUGCAUUUCAAGGAAUGAACAAUGAAUCCUUAACAUUGAAGCUGUAUAAAAAUGGAUUUGAAGAGGUGCAGAGCCAUGCAUUCAAUGCAACAAAGCUGGAUAAGUUGGAACUUAAUGAUAAUAAAAACCUAAGAAUUAUACACAACGAUGCUUUCAAGGGAGCUAUUGGACCAGAUGUAUUAGAUGUUUCUUCAACAGCACUUGAGUAUCUUCCAUCUAAUGGGUUGGAGUUCAUUCAAAAACUUACUGCACGCUUUACGUACUCACUGAAACGAUUCCCAUCACUGGAAAAGUUUGUUAAUUUGAUGGAAGCAAAUUUGACAUACCCCAGCCACUGUUGCGCCUUCAAAAACUGGGAGAAAUCGAAUGGUUUUGGGGAUGACUAUUCUAAUCCACCAUCACAGCAUCUGGGUCAGCAAAGCAGGCAGAAUUUGUCUGCUGGAAUGAAGAAAUACCCUUCCUCACAGAAUUCAUCACAUUCUCCAGACAAUAAUCUUGAUAAUGAAUAUGAACAUUUAGAAGAUAUUUACGAAAACGCAGUAUCAUUUGAUUAUGGAUUUUGCCAUGCCAAGGUAGAUCUUGUUUGUACUCCAGAACCAGACGCCUUCAAUCCAUGCGAGGAUAUAAUGGGAUAUAACGUUCUCAGAGUUCUAAUAUGGUUCAUCAACAUCCUUGCUAUUUUGGGUAACUUUGCUGUUUUUAUUGUUUUGGUGGUAAGUCAGAAUAAGCUCACAGUCCCACGGUUCCUCAUGUGCAAUCUUGCUCUUGCAGACCUUUGUAUGGGUCUUUAUUUGCUACUCAUUGCCUCUGUUGAUCUGAGCACCAAGAGUCAGUAUUACAACUAUGCAAUAGACUGGCAGACUGGUGCAGGAUGUGCUAGUGCUGGUUUCUUCACUGUUUUUGCAAGUGAGCUCUCUGUGUAUACUCUGAUGGUGAUCACCUUUGAAAGGUGGCAUACAAUUACCCACGCCAUGCAAUUAGACAGAAAGAUACGUUUGAGACAUGCUGUGGCACUCAUGGUUGGAGGCUGGGUGUUCUCUCUUGUUGUAGCAACACUGCCACUUGUAGGAAUUAGCAAUUACAUGAAAGUUAGCAUUUGUUUGCCCAUGGAUAUAGAAACUCCAGUAUCCCAGGGUUAUGUUAUAUUCUUGUUGGCAUUGAAUGUUCUAGCCUUUAUUAUCAUUUGUGUAUGUUAUAUUAAAAUAUAUUUAGCUGUGAAAAAUCCUGACUUUGUUUCUAAAAAUAGUGACACAAAGAUUGCCAAACGAAUGGCAAUACUAAUCUUUACAGAUUUUGUGUGUAUGGCUCCUAUAUCAUUUUUUGCUAUUUCAGCAGCUUUUAAGUCUCCACUUAUUACAGUUACUAAUGCUAAAAUUCUGCUGGUAUUGUUUUACCCACUGAACUCUUGUGCUAAUCCAUUCCUUUACGCAAUCUUUACAAAAGCAUUCAGAAGGGAUUUCUUCAUUUUGUUGAGUAAGUUUGGCUAUUGUGAAAUACAGGCACAAAUUUAUAAAACAGACAAUUCAAACUCAAGGAGUGGCACCAAAGAAAGUUUAGGUGCAGUUGUCAAGCUGGCAACAUUUCAUGAGGAGGAAUUACCAGUCAACACAACUGAUAAAUAUCCUCACAAAGAAUGCUGACACAUUUCAUAGUUUACAGUCUUUACUACAGAAGGUGCCACAUCCACAGGUCUCAGCAGCAAUGCAUUACCUCUCCUGGGUGUCCAUUUUGGCAAAUGUGAACCCAAGACCUAAAUAUUGGUACACUAGUGAAGGAUUCCAAAACUGAUGCAGCAAACAGAGGAAGGUACCCUGGUUGAUUUUUCAGUUCCUAGCCCAGGAGACAAGUUGCCACAUGGCAGAGAAGAGUUAACAGCUUCAACCAAAGAUCAAGCAUUUGAAUCCCGUGAAAUCGCUAAUAGACUUGUCCCCAAUUGAGCAGCAAAAAUAAAAUCUAUGUAAUGGGUUUUACCUGGCAAAACAAUGGAUGAACAUUUUUACUGGAAAAAAAAGAACAAAAAUAAGUAAAUUAUUUUUCAUCCAUAUUAUUUUAGUACACUUUAUGCUUGGAAAGGUUCCCCGAUUUAGGAAGCAGUUUAAUGAGUGGCUGCAUCAACAACAUUAAUUAUCUUGUCCAGCUACCAUGGGAAAGGAAUCUGUCAGAUUUGAAGGACAUUUGUUAUCUGCAUGGCAAGUUCGUGGAUGGAAAGUUCAGUCAGCAGUCCUGCACGGGGAUGGAAAUUUGGGACAAGAUUCAGGCCAUCCAGACAAUGGUUCUACCGACUUUGUGAAUAAAGUGGAUGGGGACUCUAUGAUUAGUUUAGUUUAAAGGCACAGCAUGGAAACAGGCCCUUCAGCCAACCAAGUCAAUGACUAGCAUCAAUCUCCACCAUACCAAUUCUAUAUUAUCCCAUGUACGUAUCUACACACCAGGGACAAAUUACAGAGGCCAAUUAGCUUACACACACGCAUGACAUUGGGAUGUGGGUGGUAUCCGGAGCACCUGUAGGAAACCCACAGGGAGAACAUGAUGUAAUAGGAUUCCAAUUUGCAGAAAUGUGUUCAGCACCUGUGCGACUCAGGCAAACAACAGUUUCCUCGAUAUCCUGCAGCUCCGCUCUUGCUCCCCCUCC